CAGUCACUUUAUAAAUAGAGUCCUACAUACUACCACUAAAUUAAUAUCUUAUACAAUGGCCAAUCAGAGCAAAUCCAUUUGGUUACUAUCCUCUGCUGGCCAUAAACUGCAGUGUCACGUAAACACAGAUCAACCCUUGGGCGUAUUUCUGAAGAAUAAAUUUGCCCAUGCAAUCGGGGUGUCCCCUGAGUCGCUUAUUUUAAUCUUCGAUGGGGAGGAAGUCCAGGAGCAGGACACCUUUGACUCUUUGGCCAUGGAGGAUGAUGACAUCAUAGACGUUUUAGAAGGCAACUAGUGGACUAAAAAUCAAGUUACCAAGUAAUUGCCCAGCAGAGUCAAUGAACUUGCUGUGCACUUGUCAAUAAAUUUAAAUAAAGAUCGUUGAUUUUAAGAAAUUAAAUAAAUAUAAUAAAAAGGAAAAAAUAUAUUUUAAAAUACCAAAAA